UCCGUACUCUCUCGUCUUCAAACUCUCGCAGUCAUGGCGGGGUCUAUAAUGACCAUUUUGCCCUUAGCAAGAGUACCUUUUCGCCCUUCCCUAACCCCAGCGACCCUUUCUCUACCCUUAAAACCCUCUCCCUUCCUAUCUCCUCCUCCUACGAAAAUCCCCUUUCUGCAAAACCCCAAAUCCCUAAAUAUCCAUUUCUCUCCCUGCCCUCGUCUUCUCCAACACCGAUUUAACUCAGAAAGUCAUGGUCUCGAGUCGGACGCUCCUUACCCUACUUACCAGGGAUUGGAGAAGGGCAUUUCUGGAAAUAAGGAUUUCGAUGAAUGGGAUUCCCUGACUGCCAGAUUCGCCGGGGCAGCGAACGUGCCGUUUCUGCUACUGCAGCUCCCUCAGAUCGUCCUCAACGCUCGGAAUCUCCUGGCGGGAAACAAAUCCGCGCUCUUUGCCGUCCCAUGGCUCGGUAUGCUGACUGGUUUGCUAGGGAAUCUUUCACUGCUUUCAUACUUCGCAAAGAAGAAGGAAACGGAAGCUGUUCUAGUUCAGACUCUGGGAGUUGUUUCCACUUAUGUUGUUAUAGCACAGCUUGCUAUGGCAGAAUCCAUGCCUCUGCCUCACUUCACAGUGACCACAGUCGUUGUGGCAUUUGGUCUCAUUCUGAAUUUUCUGAACUACUUUAAUUUGCUUCACGCCGGGAUCUGGCUGUUUUGGGAAGAUUUUAUUACGAUUGGAGGCCUUGCUGUUCUUCCACAGGUUAUGUGGUCAACCUUUGUUCCCUUUGUUCCAAACAGCAUUUUGCCUGGGGCAACUGCUUUCAUGGUGGCAGUUGUGGCUGUUAUUAUGGCACGGACAGGGAAACUUUCGGAAAAAGGUGUCAAAUUUGUUCGGUCAUUAUCUGGAUGGACUGCUACUCUCCUCUUCAUGUGGAUGCCUGUUACACAGAUGUUGACAAAUUAUCUCAAUCCUGACAACAUCAAGGGCUUAUCAGCUUUUUCAAUGUUGCUUGCCAUGAUCGGAAAUGGUCUUAUGAUCCCACGUGCACUGUUUACUCGUGAUCUCAUGUGGUUCACGGGUUCAGCCUGGGCAUCGUUUCUGCAUGGAUGGGGGAACCUAAUAUGCAUGUACUGUUUUAACAGUAUCAGCAAGGAAUUCUUUUUAGCAGCAACUGCCGGCUUCCUUCUUUGGCUAGGAACGACUUUGUGGAGGGACACCAAAGCAUAUGGAUACAGUUCGCCAGUGAGAUCUUUGAAAGAGUUGGUCUUUGGACGGUGAUCUUACUGGAGUACUGUUUAUUUAUGCUGUAUAGAGGUGGUCGACUGAUGGAGCUUGCGAUCAGACUGGGAUAACUUUGUUAUCUUCUGGUGCUUCUCAAUGACAGGUUGCUUGUCAGAUGGUAAUCAUAGUAACGCUUCCACAUAAGGUGUACGAUGCCAACCGACUACAGAGGUCCCAUGUCGAAUAAGAUGCUUGCAUUGCAUGGGAAUUGUUCUUGUUUUCCUUCUAUAGUGAAUUUUGAAGCAAGAAGCAAUGUAUUUGGGAAUUGUCUUAUGGGUGCAUUUUAACAGACCCUGGUGUUAGGCAUUGGGCCUUGUAUUUGGGAGUCUCUUCCCCGUUUAGAUAGGGUUCUGUAUUGGCUUUUCA